AUGUCCGCCACUAGGCAUGCAGACGGCCGCGGUACUGAGACACCCACGACGACGAACAACUACGCGGGCUCUGCCAUCCCACAUACUCCAGUCUCGACAAAUAACAAUUACGACGACAAAGCCGCAACCGCGCCACUCUAUGCUGACGAGCGGUUCUCACAGAGCGAUCCUCGGUCCACUGAGGGGUCGCAGGCUUCCAAUGCCACGUCCCAUUCGGACCAUGUUUUUACACCCACGGCAAGCGAUACAGACGCACAUAGACGCGACGUACCACCAACAACACAACCGGCAGUCCUCAGCGAGGCGAGCCAAUUGCAUCAGCUGUCGGCUCUCGCGGCUGCCCAGGAUCGGAUGUCAACUGGUCAAGGCGAUGUUCCCUCGAGGAAACGGAUGGCGGAUGGCGAGGUGAAGAGUCCCAACAAAGGACACUCGAGAAAUACGAGCGCCGUGAGCGCCAUCUCGACUGCCAGCACGAUUGGCGACCUAUCACACGAUCUCAAAACGCGUCUGUCAUAUGCCAUGAUCAAAGUCAACAACGGCUGGCAGCAUCGCUCCCUUAAUGAAGUCGAGACACUGGCCUCGCAAGGCGUAUCGCCAACCUCUAGCACAUCUACCCCUGGUCAUCGCCGCAAUGGGUCUUCUGCAAGUCCGCAGAUGGGCGCGCGGCCCAUGGUUCAUUUUGCCGACGGCCAAGUGACCAGACGAAAGUCCAACUCGCCGCCGCGCCUUGGACAUCAGCAAGGUCUCGCGCCACCGGCGUCUAUCCGGCCGUCAGUAGGCAUGGCGCCCACCGGCUCACAUCCUCGCCGCAACUCUAAUACCCGCUAUACCCCUACAUUACUCUCACAGUCACGCUCUGCCGGUGGACCUCGAACACCAGCGCAGCUGUCGGCCCUUCAGACAAACCACUUACGAUCAGGGGCGCAAGUGCAAUUACCACAGCCCAACAACCGAGAACAGGAUGCUAUUGAGACGCUAUUGUUCAUGAGCAGCCCCAACAACUCGGCCAAUUUGAAACAUUCCUUCUCCCCCGCAGGCUCACCCGGGCCUAGCUCCCAGCCUAUUCCCAAGAGCACCGCGCGCCAGCCUUUGCCAACUGGACCCAGGAAGGCACUUCCUGGGCAGAAGACAGGGCAAGGCGCCAAACGGGUUGGGUUCGACGCUUCGCCAGGUCAGGCGGUCACCCCUGGCUCGCCGAUGGAGCUUGACUCUCCGUAUCGCGAUAGUCCUCGUGGGAUGCCGCGCAGGAGGACGGAUGCGGGAGGACACGUGCGGAGCGCGAUGUCCUUGCCCAGCGCCCUAGGCAUCACGCAUGUCCCCCUCCGAAAACCAAUGAGCGACAAAGACAUUGACCGGAUGCUCGACCGAGGCGACGAUGGAAACAACAGCUCUGAUGAUGAGGAGAUUCAGAUUCCUCGGAGAAACGGCGUGGGGGCUAUACACGCUUGA